GCCUUGGUUGGAUACGGAGGGCGAUAUUGUUUCUGUGUUGGAUCUACCCUGUAAGACUUCAGCAUGAGCAAGUUUUUCAGGCGAAUUAGCCGAAAGACGAUAAAGAAGGACAAGUUCUUGUACAUUAUUCGAGACAGAGACCCCAACGAAACAUGGGAAUUAUUAUCGGAGCUUGGGGAUGGUUCUUUUGGUAAAGUUUACAAGGCAAGAAAUAAACAUAAUGGAGUCACAGUAGCAGCAAAGAUCAUUGAAAUCAAAGAACACGAUGACCUAAAUGAUUUCCGGGUGGAGAUCGACAUCCUGACAGAAUGCAAGCAUCCAAAUAUUGUCGGUCUGGAGGAGACGUUUCUCCAUCAGUCCAAAUUAUGGAUGAUGCUGGAGUUCUGCGAGGGUGGUGCCCUGGACGAUAUAGUCCUGGAGGUGGAGAAGCCGUUGACGGAGGCACAGAUCAAAGUCGUUUGCAGGCAAACACUGGAAGCUCUUGUAUACCUCCAUGAACAUAACAUCAUACACAGAGAUCUCAAGGCGGGAAACAUUCUACUCAAAAUGGAUGGCAAUGUCAGAUUAGCUGACUUUGGAGUUUCUGCCAAGAAUACAUCUCCCCUGCAGAGAAGGGAUUCUUUCAUCGGUACACCCUAUUGGAUGGCCCCUGAAGUCGUCAUAUGCGAGACGCUAAAGGACAACCCCUAUGACUACAAGGCAGAUAUAUGGUCCCUGGGUAUCACAUUAAUAGAGCUGGCUGAGAUGGAGCCGCCCUACCACGACCUCAACCCUAUGAGGGUACUCAUCAAGAUCCCCAAGGCCCCACCCCCAAGGCUGCAACAAAAGAAAAGAUGGUCAAGGGAAUUCAACGACUUCUUAGAAAAAUGCCUUGAGAAGAACCCGGAGAAGAGACCUUCUGCAGUCGACCUACUCAAGGUAUGUUACUUAACUCUUUGCUUGCCAGAACUUAGACUGAUAAAUAUUGUUCUCUUCUCCUCACAGCAUCCCUGGGUGUGUGAUGUUACAGACACAAAGCCUAUCAAGAACUUGCUUGCGGAAGCCAAAGCCGACGUCAUUGAAGAACUUCACGACUUGCCUGAAGAUAACCUUUCCUUCAAGGAUACCAUUGAUACGACCAGUCAAGGAAGCCAGGAUACGUCCUACACAGCUCCUUCCACACCCUCCACGCCCCCUACAAGCAUCACGACGGAAGCACACAAGUUGGUCAAGGAGCUUCACGAUGUGAAUCAGAACGGGGACAAGGAUGUAACCGCUAAUGGAAGUAGCCUCCAGCAAGACACCAGCAACCACAGUGGUGGUACUCCUAAUGGCAGGAGAAACAGCGAGAAACCUGAAAUGGUACGUGAUGACACUCCCCCUCCUAUCCACAACGAUGAAGACAACCAAAGAGUGUUUGAUAAUGAUAAAGAUAGAGAGAUAGAAAUACAUGUAGAGACAGGGGAAGGGGAUGUCAGGAAAGGGGAAGAGAAGGAAAUGAACAAUGACAAAAGGGAGGAAGAGAAGGAGAUGAACGGAGAGGUUAAAGAUGGGGAGAAGGAAGAGAGUAGAGAAGAGGGUUAUGAUUCAAAUCAUAUCGGGGAAGGAGAUAAUCAGUUAAAGGAGAAUGAAACCAAAGAGAUUGAAAGGGAAGGGGAUCGGGUUGGGAAGAUAGAGGAAGGGGGACAAGUUGAUGAAGGUGUGUUCGGGGAGACAGAAGAAAGCGAAGCUCCAUUGCCUCUGAAAGAAACAAUGAUGAACGGCGACGUGACCGAGGUAAAAAAGCAGCGCCCGCCCUCUCUUGAGCUCAACAAUGGAAAGAUCCUCGUUCCAUUGGUGACGUCGUCGGGCAAGGAUUCGGUGGUCAGCCGAAAAAGCAUGGACCGGUGCUCGGACGCGGGCAGCGUGAUGACCAUCGACAGCGUGGAGAGCGUGGACCCGACCCAGACCCCCACCGAGGGCAAGAAGAACCAUGAGGCUCAGAUCCAUUACAAGACCUUGAAGAAAACCAGGAAGUUUGUCCUGGAUGGAAAGGUCGUGACCCUGACGACCUCUAAGGUCGUGAAGGAAGGUCAAGAGGACAAGGCUAAGAAACUCCAUGCCUUCAGAAAGAACGAGCUUCGAGAGAUCCGUCUCAUGAGGAAAGGAGAGCUGAAAGAAGUUAAUAAUCUAGCUUCCAAGAUCCUACAACAGAAGGAUCAACUGAUCAAGAGACAGGAUGCUGAGAAAGCAAUGGCGGUAAAGAAGUUUGAUUUGGAGAUCGAGCAUCUAACCGGGCAACAGAAGCAGAAUGUAGAGAAGCUAGAGCUAGCCCAGGAAGCAGAACUGAGGACGUUCAAGAAGAAAAUCAAAUCAGAUCAGGACAAAGAUAUGAAAGUGUUCCGAGACGGGAAGAAGAAGGCGGCCAAGGAGCUCAAGAAUGCCAAGGGAGACCGGGACGCGCUGAGGAAACGAAGAGAGGAGUUUGAGGUCAAGCAGAGUGAGGAAGAGAGGGAGUUCCUCUCCCGGCAGAAGAGGACGCUCGAGGCGGACAUGGCCAAGAUUAAUCAAGGUCAUAGGCAGCAGGUCGCGACCCUCGAACACAAGUAUCUGAUGGAGAAGCACAAUAAGAAGAGAGCGAGGGAAUCGGCAGUUUGGGAGAUGGAGGAGAAGCACCUCAAAGAGAUGCAUCAAAUCAAGAAGAAUCAACUCAAGGAUAUGUUCUUCCUGCAGAGACAUCAUCUGGUCCUCGGACAAGAGAAGGAGGUGCAGCAGCUCAAGAACUAUUUUGAUCGCGAAGAGGAGGAGCUGAACCAGAAGCACGUGUUAGAUCAGAGGCAGUUACCACGGCGACUACGCAAUGAGAAGCAAGCCAGGCUUUCCAUGUUUAAGAAGAGUCUGCAGAUCCAUAAACCAGGCUAUACAGCGGAGCAGGAAAGAGAGAAAAUCAAAGAGUUCCAAGACAACGAGACUGCUCGCUUCAAAGCUGAGAUUGCCCACCAGAAGGCUAAACAAGAGAAAAAACUACAUAAUGAAAGACAGAACAGCGAAGCCAUCAUGCAAGAACUUCUCAGUGAUCAUAACGAGAAGCGUAAGGUGCUAAUGGAACAAGAGACGGUCAAGGUCAAAAGUAUCGAGGAAACUCAUGCAGAAGAGGUCAAGAAAUGGAGAGAGCAACUCAGACCGCGCAAGAGGGAAUUGGAGGAGACAUUCCAAAGAGAGCUCGAAAAGCAGGGAGAGUUCUACUCCGACAACAACACAGAAACCCCAUCAUCAGAUUCCAUGAAAUACAAGAGGAACAGUCUAAGUGUACUCUGAAUCACCCCCAGCUUCAUCGAUUCCCUUCCUCGUGUUAUUCAACAACCAUAGUUAGUUGAUGUAGACAUGGUUGCGACAGUGGAAGUCACUUCCGAUUUGUCAGCCAUUUCAUCGGCUCCAGAUAGUUCCUUCUCCUAGACAUUCCAUGUGCAAGGGAGGUAUUUGGAGCUCCGUGAUCUAACCUAUGACAGCACUCGUGCACUCGUAUAUACGCGUGUCACAACUAUCUCUCUCAGUAUGCUUCGCUAACAACGUCUCCACACCCUCAAUGGUUGGAAGUGAUGUAAUACUUUUGUUGUCAGAAGUUGUAUCCUAUAAUCAUUCACCAUAGACCAGACCACUGUAUUUGAAUUUGUGGAUGUCUCUACCCGGAAACCCUAUUAACUUCUACUUUACUCAUCAGCAAGCUACAACAGUAUCCCGUGGAUGGAUCCACAUUGCGUACAUUGUUGCCAUGUUGAGCUAGCCUUGGGCAAGGAUAGUGGUUAUGAAGAGCAAAUUGUUUUUAGAAAAAAAUUGAAAUAUAUAUAUAACAUUUGAAUGGGUUGGUAAACUGAGUCAUUCUUUCCACAUUCUCUAAAAUGUGCCCCAUUUUGUUUGGAGCAGAUGUGUAUUAUGCGGUUCUUAUGCGGCAGCUUCAAUUGAUUAUUUGGCUUAAAAGGCUGGGUUAUACUUGACAAAAUUUAAUUUCAAACAUCUUGUGAUGUUCCCUAACUUUUAAUACGUGUUUUCCCUGAGUCUUUAUCAUCUUUUCAUUCAUCGUGAGUGCAGACAUAUUUAGAAUAUCCACGAAACAAUCUAGUAUUCAAAUAGUUACCUGGCAGGAACUUUUGAUGACUUAUAGGGAACAUUUUUAUAUUUCAUUAUUAAUCCUAUAGAUGCAAGGUUGUGAAUAUUGAUGCUAAGCGUAGGCUGUUGGAAUAUUCAAAAUUGAUGUCUUGCUUAUCCAAAAUGUGAAACAUAGUUUAUUUGUUCUUGACAGAUAAGUGUUUGAAUAUUGGAAUUUUCUAUCCCUUUUUUGCCAAGUUUAACUGUAAGGCAUGUACUCUAUCUGUUCCUGGCAUCCCUUAUGUUCUCAAUGUGUUUUUGUUGUUGACAUGUCAUCAUCAAUGUCACUCAGAAAGAUGGUUAUUUUUUUUUAGUUUUUUAGAAAAACAUUGUUAUGUUGGCAGGAUUUUUCCGUCAUUGUAAUUGCAUGUAGGAUCAAAUCAUGCACAGUGAAAGGUAUAUAAUAUUCAAGAAAAUUAAUGUUGUUUGAGCAUAUGUGUUCUGGCAGUGUCCCCACAGAACUGUCAACUUUCCCCUGACGGCAUCCAUAUACAAAGCCCAGGAUAACUUGGACUGGAGAGCGUGGUAAAUAUGUUUUCUACCAAAAUCGAAUCGUAUCCAUCCGGUUAAUAUUGUUCAUUUCGCCUUGCUGUAUUCAUUGAUUAGGCCAUAGACAGUUCAUAGGAGUAAACCAAAUGUGCGACUUCUUCGCCGAGAAGACAUAUCGAGGCCUUGUCCUUCUACACAUAUGUGCCACUUAAUAAUAUCGAGCAACAAUUUGCCAUCCGUAAUGACAAAGGGUACUCGUGUGUGUUGCAUCUACUUAUUGCCAAACUUUUGUAAAAAAACCUUCCUUUCUAAUACCAAAAGCAAACCUCCAAAAAUGUGUCUUUGACCAAUUUUUGCGAAGAUUAACAUAAGAGACAUCAAUGAGUAUGCAGAGAGGGGGAAACAAAGAAGUGGAAGAUUUAUUUCGGAUGUUGCUUAUGAGGUUUUUGUAUUAAAGCACUUUCUAUGUAUGUUUUUUCGUAUUUGGCAACAUAAUGGCGAGGUUUGUUCUGUGUUAUUGUCUUCCUGGUUUGAAUAAAAGUGCAAGAAGUAGGAGAGAUGGAGAACAGAAGUGUACUGGUUUCAUUUUUUUUAAAUGUUUAGUGCUUUCUCCCAUAGCAGCACUUCAUAAUGCCUCAGGUCUCUUGUUUUUCAUAUUAGUUUUUAAAGUAUUUGUAUUGCUAUGCGUUCUUGUAUCGGUUUAUAUUCGUCUGUAUCCGACUAAUAUUUUUAAUCAUGAUAUUCCUGUAUCCCCGUUUACUGGAUAUGAAAAAUCAUGCCAAUUUUCCUGCAGAUUUCCCUUGUACCAUAAAUGUAAAUUGCUUUGCAAAACCGACAUUGUUGUACUGGUAAAUCACAAUUCUGUGCAAAUCUUUUAAAGUAAAUUUCAAUUAAAUACCGGUAAGUCAGGAUUUUGAAAGUAAGUGUAAGAAAAAAAGUGUGUAUCAAAUUCAGUCUGAAGUAAAAGAAUGUGCAGUUUGUCUCAAUUUUCUGACAUUAAAUUUCACUUCAAUAGUCAGAAGUCUUUACCUACCAAAAGAAUGCCUAUUGGCUUAAAAAUAAUGAAUGAGAGUCUGAAAACAAGCCUCUGUAUAGCUUGUAUGUUGUACCUUUUGAAUAUCUAUUCUUGCAUAUUAUAUGAAUAAGUUAUGUUUAACAUGGCUUUGUCUAAAUCGACUUAUUGUCAAAAAGAAAAACAUAAAUUACAGGGUUUUUUCUUUUUAGUGAGUAACAGGAAUGAAAAUUAUAGAAAAGAAAAUUUAGGGAUGUAUUUUGAAGAGUUUUUCUGAUUCCCUGAUAGUAAGAAGGAUAUGAUCAGGAAUUACACUAACAUUUACACGGCUGUAUACAUUAUAUCCUCAGUUUAUUAUUUUCAACUGUUUCAUCAAUGGCUAUGAGAAGGGAUUGGUUUAUGACUUGAAAAUUGUAUUUCCCUGUUUAAUCAAGAAUAUUUUAUAGUGAGAGUUAUCAUAUAGACAAAGAAGUAAUUUAUACAUAUACAAUGUACUUGCGGGCUGUAUAUUACUCAUUUUAUAUUUGGAUGCGGGCGGGAUGAUAUUCCAUUCUGAUCAUCCGAGAGACAGAAGGACGUUCACUAACAAAGUUUACAAGUUAAAUCCCUUCUGGUUUCCAUCACACACGAUAUGAUUUACAUUAUGUUCAAGAGAAGACGGAUUUUUUUAACUUGGCUAUUUUUUUUUCAGAAUUAAAAGGGGAAUGAAACCUCCUGACUUCACUAGUUUAAUCAAAAUGGCAGCUCCCAUGGGAAAUAGCUUGAAAGAAAAUUGUAAACUUUGCUAAGUUAUUGCAUUGUAGAUUUUCAAGAUAUUCUGAACUAGCUUACAAUUUUUUUACUAGGGCUGUCAGCUAAAGUUUGUUGAGUUUCAUUUUCCUUUAAUGACAUCAAACGUCAUUUACAUUGACAUUUACAUUGCUAGUCAUAUUUCAUUUCAUGAUGGGAUGCUAUUAUUUGUAUUUUUAUGUUUAUUCCUCUUUAAUGUUAGUGUAGUGGAAACCUUAGGGUAUUCAUCAGUAUAUUGACAAUAGGCUAUGAAUUAGUACAGGAGUACCAGUUUUGUUUAUCUUGUCUUGUUUAAAAUAAGGACGAUUACUUUCAGUUUCAUUCAAGAGAAGAUAGGAAAGAUGGGAGGGUUGAAAAUAUGAAAUAAGAUUCAUUAAAAAUAAAAAUCAAAGCUUGUCUUCAAGCGAUCAAAUGUAAAUAUACAUGCAUUACCAAGUAAGAAAUGGACCCCAUUAUAUGGUAUGUAACUUCAGCCAAGAAUACAACACUUCAUUGCUGGAGUGGGACAUCUAUAGAUUUAUAUUUUUAUCCUUCGUUUUUAUGCCCUUCCCAAAUAAUAAUUUGGGUAUUUUAUCAUACUUCACUUAUCAUUUUCUAUCACCGGUAGUGAUCUUGAAUAAUUUUAUCCAUUUCUCGUUCUCUACAUGUACUUCUCUUUUUUUUAAUAUAAUUUAAUUGGCAUUGUGAGAAAAAAUUGUUGUUUCUUAAUAUACUGAACCAAUUACAUUCAAAUUCUGAGGAUUUGUAUUUGUUUACAUUUUUGACAUUUAACUCAUGAAAUACACUUUACACAUUCUCUUAUUAAACAUGAAAAGAACCCACAUUUUACAAGAUUCUUAUGGCAUGUAGUCACACAAUUCUUCUUUUUUGAGUUAUUUUACAAGUUUAAACCAAAAUACUGAUUUCUCUGAGGUAUCGUACCUGAACACGAACGAAGUUGUAUAAUGAUAGAACUUGCAUUUUUACAAGUAGUAAAUAAGAGCACAUUCAUAACGUAAUGUGUAUUUGUUACUCAAACCAUUUUUGUUUUAACGUAAAGAAAAAAGAAGUACCGGUAGGAGGAAAGAAAAAAAAACUUUUUCUGGAAAAGGGAAAGGUAGAAGUGCUGCAUAUUUGGUAUUAGGAGAGAUCUGAUGUGACCCAGUAAUGUUUAUGCUAUAGACGUGUAGUCUGUUUUGGAAUAUAAAUAAUCCAACUUAAUAUAUAACCAAGCUUCACAAACAGUACUACUGUGUAUGGAUACUGGAAAAAAAAACUAUAUUUGUUUAUAUAAUCAUUUUUCAGGUUAUGAAACAUAAUUUAUAUUUCUGACUUUUUGUUGCCCUUUUUUCUCUUGGAUGCGGUCCAAUCUAUCUAAUGUUUAACCUAACUCAUGUUACUCAUAGUUUUAUUAUUAUUUUGAUAUCGCGUUAUUAAUUGAUCAGAUAAAUGGUGAAGCGUUCGUAUUUUCUGUACGCACUGUUUUUUAUUUUAUCUAAAGACGGAAUCAGACACAAAUUUGUGUUGAUAUUUAUAUGAAAUAAAGUUAGUUACUCAGUAUUUAUAAGAAAUGAGAAUGUACUUAAUAAUUUACCAAGAUUAAAAAAGAUUUAUAUUUGUAUAACUUCCUGGAAUUAAGGUUAUAUUGUUAUAUACAUUUCUCAUGUUACUGUUAAUAAAGUGUAAAGUUUAUCUCGAUAAUAAAAAUGUUAUGAAGGAUGCUGAACUGUUGUAAUACAGGAGUCAAUGUUAUAGCAUUUUUCUUCAACGAAUAUGCCCUUUUCUGCUAAAAAAAUAAUGAAUGUGAUUUUGUAAAUUUCUAAACAAUGAAUAUGUGAAUAUCAACAUUUAUGUAACAGUACCAUUUUUUAAAAGAGUGAGCAUAAUGCAAACAUGUCGUGUUCUGUCGUUUCCAUAUUACAUGUACAUGUAUGUAUGCUGUAUGGUGGUAUGUGUAAUACAAUAAUCAUGUGGUAGAUUUGUUUUCUAAAAUAUGUCUAUUGAUUUGCAACGAGAAAUGUCUUUGUACCCUGAAAUUUAUUAUAUCCAUCUAUUUAGUGUUUAGAGGACAAAGCACUUUGUACCUUUGUAAAUAGUAAUAAAAACAUGUGGGAAUUCCUUUUUUUUAAAGAUGAUUUAAAUUUUACGAAGAAAAAUGUGAAAAUUUUGUUUCUCGAAGGAACCGAUACUGUACCAUUUGUGCCAUGUUAUAUGCUUUGCGAUAGUUCCAUUUGGUAAUAAAUCGGUCAUCUUAUGUAUCAUA